AUGGCAGAGGACCAGCCUGAGGGUGCAGACAUGGAUCUGGACGACGAUGAGGAGCUGCAGAUGGCGCUCCUUGCCUCACUGGCCGAGGUUCAACCAGGAGGCCCACCAGCAGAGCAGCCAGUUGCCCCGCCUGCCGCAGCGCCGCCCCAGCAGCCGGCAGGCGUGCCAGCCGCCGCCGCAACCGACGCCCAGCUGAGUAGCCAGCAGCUGCUGCAAGCGCUGCAGGGGGCCAUGGCGGCAGCCGCCGGCGGCGGCGGCCAGCCGGCGCAGCAGGGCUGGGCACAGCCGGAGCCGGCUGCCCCGCAGCCGGCCGCCAUGCCAGCCCCGGCCCCUGCCGCCGCCCCGGGCAUCCAGCUGACCGGCCAGCAGCUGCUACAAGCGCUGCAAGGGGCCAUGGCGGCGGCUGCUGGCGCCGGGCUGCCAGGCAUCGCCCCGCAGGCCGCCCCUGCGGCAGCACAGCCUCCUCCUCCCCAGCAGCAGCAGGCAGCUGCGCCCUCCACUUCCAGGCACGGCGGCGACCGCCACGCCACGACCCCCAAGCCCACCGUGCCAGCACCCGCCUGGACCAAGCAGGCCGUCAGCUGGGUGCUGCCCGCCAGUCAGCCAGACAGCGCGGUGCUGCCCAGCGCGGAGGCGGCGGCGCAGGGCGGCGCGGUGCAGCAGGCGUGCAGUAAGGUGGUGGGGCAGGGCGUGUCGCUGGGCGCGACCCACGGCGGCGGCGCCGGCUCGCUGCACCUGCCGCUGUCCCCGGCCCAGCCCGAGGGCAGCCUGAAGCUGACGGCGGCGGCAGUGGACGCGGCCAUCGCGCGCCUGCCACCCGGCGGCGGCACGGUGCUGGCCCUGCAGGCCGCCUGGCUGCGCGCCGGCGAGGUGCUGGCGGGUGCCGAGGGGCAGCGACCCGAGGUGGCGGCCGUCAUGCGGCUGUGGCAGGCGCGGCUGGCCAAGAAGGCUGCCGGGGUGCUGGCCACAGAUGAAGACGACGACCUGUUCUUUGCCGGAGGCAAGCACCGCUCCGCCUUCCUGUCCGCUCUGGAGUCGGCGGGCGUGGCCCCCGCCUUUCUGGAUGCGCUGGUGUGCUGCGCGUCCACGCCCGGCGAGGUGGCGCUGUGGGAGGGCGUGCUGCGCGACUCGUUUGCCGCCCUCGGCUCCUUCUCCUUCCUGGAGCAGCACAAGUCGGAGGGGGCGUGGAGGAGGCUAGAUGUGGUGACUCAGUGCGGCGGCAUGAAGCGCUGCCUGGCGGCGGUGCUGGCGCGGGAGGCGGUGGCGGCGGCGGGGGCGCGCGGCAGGGACGUGCAGGCGCGCUCGGUGCUGGCCCCGCUGCUGGCGCUGUCCACACUGCCCACCUACGGCGCCAGCGUGCUGCCCCUCAGCUUCCCCGCACGCGAGUGCUUCAUGCAGCUCAGGAGCUACCCACGCAACCGCGGCGCCCAGGUUGAGUCGGAGUACGUGAGCAUCCGGGGCGGCCUGCACCGCCAGUACGCCGCCGCCCACGAGAUCUGCAAGCGCGUGGCGACGAUGAAGGCGGGCGAGGGGCCGCUGCGGGGCCGCGAGGUGCUGUCCGCCUGGCUGGCGGCGGCGGCGGGGGCCAGCGCGGCGCGCGCCGAGGCCGGCAGCUACAUAGAGCGAGUGCUGUCCCACCGGACGGCCACCUUCUACUCGGCAACGGACGGCUUCAUGGUGGGCUGCCUGGCGGUGUGCCUGCGCUUCUGCCGCCCCUUCCUGGCCAGCCCAGAGAAGAAGCAGGGGGCGCUGCAGCACCUGGACCCAGCCUAUUACCUGCAGCAGGCGCACCGCGUGGCGGGCGGCAGCCGCGAGCGCAGCCUGGCUGGCACCAUGAUGCCCGCCCCGCCCGCGGGCGCCUACCCCUUUGUCUCGCCAGACCGGCCCGACAGCGAGGCGCCGCACUUUGUGGCGGAGGUGUUCUUCAUGACGCAGCGUCUGGUGCAUGUGGGACUGCUGCCCGCGGUGUAUCGCUACCAGGCGCUGGCAAAGGCGCUAAAGCGGGCUGCCGGGGAGGAGGAGGAGGACGAUGCUCCGCUGGAAGACCACGCCUCCACCGUGGACCAGUGGCUGCUGUACGACGCCAUGCGCGCCCAGCUGCUGGAUCCAGACCUGGCCAAUGAUAGCGUGCAUUUCAUGGAGCUGCAGGCGCGCUGGCUGGUGGCCCUGCUGCAGCGCGGCCCCGAGGCCGCCAGGGCCGCGUUUGGCGCCACCCCCGAGAGCGUGGUACGGGACAUGACCGCCUGGCUGAGCUUCCUCAUCUAUAAUGGCUCCAGCGACCUGCUGGGCGGCAUCGACAUCGCCGUGCUCGUCACCUGCCUCACCUCCCUGCUCAAGCACACCCGCCUCGUCACCUCCCCACCUGUCCACGCCUCCAUCGUGCAGCUGCUGCUGGCAAUGCUGUCGCCGCAGCUCGACUACCGCCGCAUGGCGCACGGCGGCGCGCUGGGCCCGCGCCGCGUGUCCCCCGCCGAGGCGGCGCUGGUGACGGCGGUGCUGGGCACGGGCGCGGCGCAGACCGACCUGCUGCCCGCGCUGAUGGCGGCGUAUGCGCACGCAGACCACGUGGUGGGCCUAGAUGUGGACCGGGACCAGUACGACAAGUUCCACCUGCGCGGCUGCAUCGACGCCCUGCUCAUGGAGCUGUGGCGCGACCCAAACUGCGCGGGCAGCCUGACGGCGGCGGCGCAGGCGGCGCCCGACACCCCCGCCGGCGCCCUGUUUGCCGACUUUGUGGGAGCGGUGCUGAACGACCUCAUGUACCUGCUCAAGGACUCGCUGCAGCGCCUGGAGGACAUUCACGCGCUGGAAGUCAGCAAGGAAGACGCGGCGCGGUGGGCGCUGGUGCCGCAGCGGGAGCGGGAGGAGAAGCAGGCCUUUUACGAGAGCCAGCAGGGCGCCACCCGCGGCUUCAUGCGCAUGGCCGUCUCCACCCUGGCCAUGCUCAACACGCUGGUGGAGAACGCGGCGGUGCGGGCGGGGUUCAUGCAGGAGGCGGUGGCGGCGCGCGCGGCGGCGGCGGCGGUACACUUUGUGGAGAUCCUGGUGGGGCCCAAGUGCACGGAGCUGGUGGUACAGGACCCCGGGCAGUACGGCUUCAGCCCCGACUCCCUCCUCGUCUCCAUGGUCUAUUUUGCCGUCAGGCUGGCGGAGCAGCCCGCCUUUGUGCAGGCCGUCAGCGCGGUACCGGACUACGACGAGACCAUCAUCCAGCGCGCCGUGGACACCCUGGCUUCCAAGCAGCUGGGCGAGAACGAGCACCGGCGGCGCCUGGAAGCCCUGGCAGCAGGCAAGGCCGCCUGCCUGUCCGUGCGCCAGCUGCGUGGCGAGGGCGACAGCGGCGCGGACGCAGGCGCGGCGCGGGGCCCCGGCUCCCCGCCCGACCUGUCGUUCCAGCAGGAGGAGCCUGCUGAGCUGGAGGGCGCCUACGUGGCGGAAGUGCAAGAGCUGGCAGUGGGCGACUUUGACGCCUCCCUGCCCCGCGCAUACAACCGCAGCUUUGCCGCCAAGGCGGAGCGCCAGGAGGGGGACACAAAGGGCAAGAUGAAGGCUCUCAGCAAGGAGGUCCGCGGCUUCUCGGGGCGCACCCGCCUGCCCAUCUACGCCGCCAGCUCCAUCCUGGUGCGGUACGACUCGGACCGCAUGGACAAGAUGCGAGCGCUGAUCACGGGCCCCGAGGACACGCCCUACUACGGCGGCUGCUUCAUCUUCGACGUCUACUUCCCAGACGACUAUCCCAACGUGCCGCCGCUGAUGGAGCUGGAGACGACGGGUGGGGGCGUGGCGCGCUUCAACCCAAACCUCUACGCAGACGGCAAGGUGUGCCUGAGCCUGCUGGGCACCUGGCACGGCGGCGACGAGAGCGAGAAGUGGCGGCCGGGCCACUCCAACCUCUUCCAGGUCCUGCUGUCGCUGCAGGGCAUGAUCUUCAUCACCGACCCAUACUUCAACGAGCCCGCCUACGAGGGCAUGCGCGGCACCGCAGAGGGCGCGUCCUCCUCCCUCAAGUACAACUCGGAGAUCUGGCUGAACAACAUCCGAUACGCGAUGGUGGACCAGCUGCGGCGGCCGCGCCCCGGCUUUGAGGCCGCCACCCGCGCCCACUUCCGCCUGCUGAGGUGGCGCAUCAUGCGGCAGUGCGCGGCGUGGAUCGAGCAGGCGCAGGCGCUGGACCCGCUGUUCCAGAAGCGGCUGAGGGAUGGGGUGGUGGAGCUGCACAGCCUGCUGGCGGCGCUGUGA